AUGGAAGUACGCGUUUUAGGAAAUUUUAUUACUUUUGGGGAACGAUAUUAUAAAAAAUCUAAAGAUCAACCUGAAGAUUUCCCUCAUAAUUCGUACAAUAAAAGUUAUCAACCUGGAGAAUUAAAUAAUAAUUAUAAACUCUAUGAGGGGUUCAAUAGAACCUCACAAGAAACAAGUAGACUGGACGACUUUGAAGAAGAACUUUGUACUUUCGAUAAUACAGUCAUUUGGAGUAGGGGAAAUAUCUUGUAUAAAACCUUCACGUAUGAAGAGCCAGUUGUGCAGGCUUUAUUCGUUUGGUUUAAGGUGGCAAAAAGUUAUCAUUCCUACUAUCUUGAAAAACGUUCAGAUACUUAUCAUAAAAAACCCUUGCAAACGGAAAGACAACGUGCUCUCUUUGUGCUCCUUGAAAAUUACGCCAAAGUGUACUUCUUAGACGGUCAACAUUUCUUGAUAAGAGUCCCCUCUCACGUACGUUGUGCUUGGGCGAUGAACAUUGGCGUUAUCCUUCAACGUGAUUCGGAGGAUGAAUAUUCCUUAAAUAUAUCUAAUUUCACAGCUGGUCCCUUCCCGGUUCUUUAUAGUAUAUUAGACCCUUUAGAGAAUAUCAAACCUAUUUCAAUUGUGGAUAAGAUAAUUUGUGAGGGAGAGAAGGUCAAAAUAUUAGGAACAACACGACCUUUUUCGGAUAAUGAAGAAGUCGUGAUUUUUGUCAAUGAUCGCGAUGAUCAAGGAAACAAUCUUAUUAUAGUUACGUUAAGUCGUAAAACUCUUAGGCAUUCUGUAUAUAGGUAUGCUAUAAAGAAAGAAAAUAGUUUAAAAAUGUUGGAAAGGAUUUGCUCAUCUCCCAUCAAAACCAGUAAUCGAAGAAGUUCAAACGUUCGUUCUGAUAAUUCAUUGCAAAAUAAAGAGCGACGAAUCUCUAUUGGUCUUGAUGAUUCAUUUCAAGGUUCCGAAGGAAGAACUUCUCUUCAAAGUGUGGAUCGAACUUUAUACGCGACUGGUGUUAAUUCAGAUGACAUGUAUAAUGAUUUAAGAUUCAAAUCCGAUAUGAAAAACGAUAUUUAUAUGGAAUUACUUUGGACGGAACCUGUAGCGAAAAUUGGAAAAUUUGAGGACAGCAUAGUAUUUAUAGCUCACGACUUUGAUUGUCACGAAAUUUUAUGUAUAUUUACUAAAUCCAAUCAAAGUUUCAUUGCAUUGGAUAUUUUUGCUCAUUCGGAUGGGUUAAAAGCUUUAUUCAAAUUUGAGUCCAAGGUCAUAGCAGCCUCUCCGAUUUCUGCAACUAGACUCAAUUACAAUGAUAUUUUAUUUGUAAAGGAAGGUAUUAAACAGCCAAUAGUUGAACUAUGGAUUGGCCAUGGCGAAACCAUUCCUUUGAAUUUGGACUAUGAUUUUGAAGGAUUAUUUGAUUCUGCUCGAAAUUUGGAAGAGACAUAUUAUGAAAAAGAAUCUUUCCCUUUGUCAACCUUUCAUCAUCAAUUAAUCGAAAAGUAUCUAGUAACGGAUAAAACCAUAUCAAGUUUGAAACCAUUAAAUUCAAAUGUUUGCGAUUUGAAAGAUCGCGUUCGUCAUCGUGUAAAUUUUGCUUUUCAAAAUCACACAUUACUUAGGGUGGACUUGAAUUUUGUUCCGAGGUCUAAUCUCGUUCGAAAAUGUCUGGAGAUAUUAAGUUAUGCAUUACCAGUAGAGUUAUAUUAUAACUUUAAAGCACGAUAUCUUUGUUAUCAAUACACGAAAGAUAAUGAUGUGAAAUCAGCAUCUAGAAGGAAUGAGUGGGAAAAUUUUGUUAUAUCUCUCUUAUCAUUCUUUCCUUUUUCUGUGAAAUCUAAUGAAGGCAUCAAGGCAGAAGAAAUUGAAGGAUGGGAUUUUUUACUUUCAUCUUCACAUCAUACGAAAUUUAAUUUCAAUUCUCAUUUACAAUGCAUUCUUCCGAUAUCGGAUCAAUUACCGACAAUCGAUGAUGAUUCUAUAAUUAAAAUGUGUGAAAAAUCUAGGGGGACGUUUUUUGCCAAGAAUCAAUCCGACCAAAGAUUUUUAAAUUUUCUACCUGCUAUACUCCUAUCCCUUCACCUUGUUUAUCAAGAUCUAAAAUUACAUACUUUAACGCAAAAAUACGUUGAUGAUAUUUUACCAUUGUUGAUUCAAUUAUCAACAUUUCUGGAUUGGAAAAUUUAUGUUGAAUAUUAUAGGAUAAAUUAUGGAUUAGAUAAAAAAUUAUCUAUCAAGGAAGACGUUCUUAUGAGCACAACGUUAAAUUCCGAUCAUCCUUUCUUUUCACCUCCUGAUAUAACUCAAUGGAUUUUGAAGUGUUUUCGAAGUAAUGUUGAUCAGAUUAAACCUUUUCCAAAUCCCAUGGAUAUAAGUCGAAUUUUCACCAUUCCAAUAAGAGAGAAUAUCUUAGUUCAGAAUCUUGAUUGUUGCAAAAGAAUGCGACAAAUAUGUUCGAUCUAUACUAAAUUAGUUCGUGAGGGAGAAAAUGCAACGAUUUUUGAAAUGGUGAAGUUUGGAUUUACAAGUAAGGACAUUGAAUCUUUACCGUUUGGCAUCGUUGUUCCUUUAUGCGAAGCUAUUAGGAAGUGUCGAGAAAAUCCCCCAGAAGAUUGGCCAGAAGAUGCUUACGUACUUAUAGGUCGAGAAGAUUUAGCCAAACUGAAAUUUGGUACGCCGAUUAGAUAUAUUCACUCUCGAGGAAGCAAGACGGAACCAAAACCACAAUCUAUUUUACAAGUGAUCGAGCCUACAAUUUCCGCUCCACCACAAGAAAUUCGGGAAGAAAUAAAUGCAAGUGAAAUUUCAAACCGCGAAAUCACGGAUUUAAGAUUUGGUAGUGAUAAAAGGUUAAAUGAAGUGCAGCUACUCUUACAAUCAAGUAAUGUUGUACAUAUCACUACUGAUAUGAGUCAGAUUGAAGAAAGUUCUCCAUUAGUUUUAGACCGUGUUCAGAAUCAUUGUUUAAAUAAUUUUGCACUUCCGGUUGGAAGAGGAAUCUUAACUUAUCAUACUACAACACCUAUACUCACUGAACCUUUUCCAAUCCCUGAAGCAAGUUUAACUAUUAAAGUGUUACCAUUCAAUUCUACAAUACAAGUUGAUCGGACUCUUCGGAUGCCGGAUAACAUCGAAUGGCCAGAAUUUCAUGAAGGUGUCGCAUCCGGUUUACGAAUCCCGUCAAGCUGUAAUAUUGAAGGAUCCUGGAUUUCACUUAAUAAACCAAAUGUAGCGGACAAUAGCCACGCGGGAUUUCUUUUGGGGUUGGGAUUCAAUGGACAUUUAAAAGCUAUGAGUAAAUGGCAAGCUGUAGAUUAUUUAAUGAAAACACCAAAACACGAUAUGACAACUAUCGCAUUGGUUCUUGGUCUACCGGCUUCAUAUAUUGGAACUAUGGAUACAGAAAUCACAAGGUUUGUGGCGGUUCAUGUUACAGCCUUAUUACCACCAAAAUCAAAUAGCUUAGAUGUAUCACCUCUAGUUCAGUCUGCAGCAUUACUUGGUAUUGGUCUACUUUAUAUGAAUACAUGUAAUCGAUAUAUGGCUCAAGUUAUGCUUGGAGAAAUCGGUACAAAGGCUUUGAAGGUGUCUGAUAAUUCUGAAACGGAUUUUUCGGAAGGAUAUUCACUUGCAGCCGGACUUUCUCUUGGAUUCAUAACUUUGGGUCAAGGAGACGAGGCACAUGAAUUAGCCGAUUUGGAGAUGUUCAAAGAAUUAAGAUUAUAUAUUAACGGGGGUAGGGCUUCGAUGAAGAAAUCGUCUAAUACGUCUUCAUCUGGAAGCGGAGGUCGUUUGAACGGAAAUGCUGAUGGUGUCAACGUUAAUAUUACAUCACCAGGAGCGACAAUUGCACUUGGAUUGUUGUAUUUGAAAUCAAAUAAAGAAAGCGUUGCAAGAGCAAUUCCUAUUCCGGAAACCGAAUUUUUCUUGGAUUACGUUAGACCUGAUUUUCUUUUGAUAAGAAUUCUUGCUCGAAAUUUGAUUAUGUGGAGUAAUAUUAAAUCUGAUCAAGUUUGGGUCGAAAGUCACGUACCUGAAUAUAUGAGGAAAAUAUUGGAGCAAAAAAGUCGUGGACCUCGGAAUGAUGAUGCUGAUCCAAAUUUGGAAGCUAUCAAAAGGUCCUAUUAUUAUAUUAUAGCGGGUGCUUGUUUCAGUAUGGCUUUAAAGUAUGCUGGAUCGGCAGAUAAAGCAGCAUUACAGUGUUUACUCCAUUAUCUUGAUUUUUUCAUGAAUCUGGGGAUUUCAAGAGCACCCACAUUUGACGAAACCAUCACAAGAUUUGCGAUCAAAACCUGCUUGAAUGUUUUAACUAUGUGUACUUCGAUCGUUGCAGCUGGUACCGGUAAUCUUCAAGUGUUACGAAGAAUACGUAAACUUCGCCGAUUAGACAUUAAUCCCGGUAAUAUCACUACCUACUUUCGUUCGUACGGGAAUUAUAUGGUUAUAAGUAUGUCUUUAGGGUUUUUGUUUCUUGGCGGAGGGACUUAUACAUUAUCAACAUCCAAUAAGGCUAUUGCCGGAUUAGUUUGUGCUUUAUUUCCAAGGUUCCCGGUUGAAUGUUUUGAUAACAGGGCUCAUUUACAAGCUUUUAGACAUUUAUGGGUGUUGGCUGCUGAACCAAGAUGUUUAGUAUUAAGAGAUUUGGAAACUCGGGAAGCUUGUUAUGUACCAGUAAAAGUUACAUUUAAAGAUUUCUAUAAUGCUUCUAUUACAAAAGAGUCUGAUGACACAAAGGAAACUGUAGUUGAGACUAUAACGUUGGAUUUGGUUGCGCCUUGUUUGCUGCCUGAAUCGAAUUUUAUACAAAAAAUUGAAAUCGACAGUCCAAGGUAUUGGCCCAUAAGGUUAGAAUUUAAGAAAUCGGAUGUGAUGCUAGAGUUUUGGAAAAAUCCUACAGUUUUCGUCAAAAGGAAAACCGGACAUUUGACUUAUUCUGAAGAUCCUCAAGGUUUAUGGGAUAUAUCUACACAUAUAUUCCCAAGAGGAAAAACUUUAGUAAAAUCUAAAAAUUCCAAGGCCCAAAAGCAAAAGGAUCUUGACUUUAUUAAAAUCUUUUCAUCAGAUCCUCAAGUUCAAGCAUUUACCAGAUAUCUAUGUGAAAUAUCUUCCACAAAUGUUUAUGACAAGGGACGAGAGUUGUCAACAUUUUCUACUGAAAUAUUAUCAGAAUGUCUAAAUGGAAAUAAACCUGAAGCUAUUCAAAUUUACCUUUCCCUUUAUCAAGUUCAACAAAGUUUGGAACAAAUCAGCGAAUCAAAUCUAUGGAAUCUUAAAAUAAUUCUCGAGUACUAUCGUGCAAGGAAAAGGAUAAAAAAUAACGCAAACGAAGAAGACACAGAUAACACGCUUAUAAAAAGAGAGUAUCUUGGAGGGUUAAGAUCAAGACUUGACCAAUUCUUUGAAACUCCCUUAAACAAUUCUAAACAAGCAAACAAUACUCCGGUUCAGACGCAACAAAAUUUUUUACAUGUUUUACGUACGUAUCUGACAAAUUUUGAAAAACAUGGAGGUGAAGAAAACAGUAAACAAUCUUUACAUUAUCUAUCAUCUUGGCUUAUUUAUCACGAAAUACCAGAUCGUUAUACUUUAAAAACUAUUGUAGCAUACUCUAAGGAUUUGAAAGGAAUCUUACAAAAUAAUAUAUUAACGUCUGAUGAUGUGGUUUUGCAAGUUCUUUCUACGUUCUGGCCAUACAUUUCCUUUAACACUUUAAAGAUUAUUCAAGAUUGUUGUUUUACUUGGAACUUAUAG